AUGCUGGAUAUGGCAGAGGCAUUCAAAAUCAGGCGGCUUCAAUCCACUCCUUACUAUGCUCAAGCUAACGGGCAGACAGAAUCAAGCAACAAGGUAAUCAUCAACAUUAUCCGAAAAAUGCUUGAGAAGAAUCCAAAGCAAUGGCAUGAGAAGUUGUCAGAAACUCUGUGGGCAUAUAGAACUUCAAAGAGAGAAGCAACUGGCAUGACCCCUUACGCUUUAACAUAUGGCCAUGAUGCAAUUCUGCCUAUGGAGAUAGCUGUUCAAAUUGACACCCUCAAUAAACUCCUGGCAGGAAAGCAAGUUGUGUCAAGGGCCUAUAACAAAAGAGUCAAGAACAAGAGUUUUGAAGAGGGAGAGAUAGUCUGGAAAGCAAUUCUGCCCCUUGGAACACAUGUAGCUGGUUAUGGAAAGUGGUCACGUACGUGGGAAGGCCCUUUCAUAAUUAAUCAGAUCCUUGGAAUGGGGGCAUACAGGUUGCAGGAUAGAGAUGGAGAAAUUCAUGCUGCCCCAAUCAAUGGCAAAUGGUUAAAGAAGUUUUAUCCAACCAUGUAG